AUGUCGAGAUCCGAUCUCCUCGCGCUCAGUGCGAGCCAGCCAGGCUGGACACAUUCCGUUAGCUGGGAAGACGCCACAGUAUUUCUACAGAACUUCUUGUUCACGAUUGGCAUGAGCCCGGACGAGCUCUGCCAAGACAACAGGGUACUCAUGCAAACGUUGCCCCCGUUCAUAUCACUACUGCAACGUAUGGUCAGCUGGCGCAACGCCGGGGACUCCGACCUCGUGCGCGACAGAGCAACAGUUGUAAAAGUCCGCGAUGUCUUAUUCGAAGACGAACCGCAAAAUACUAAUAUGCAGGGCUACGGGCAUGUGAUUGGUAAUUCUCUCUUUCUUGAGUACAAAACGAGCAUCCUACCGUUUCGGGGCGACGACUUCACAUUGGACGAAAAUGACCUGAUCUGCCUUCAACCAGCAAAUAUUAGGUUUCCCGAAGAGUACGCAAAGAUGUACUCUACAGGCUUCCUGGUCAGAGCCAGGAGCGACGGCCCGAAGAGGAAUUUGUGUUUGUGUGGUAUCUUGAUUGCGUCUCACCUACAACUAAAACAUCUCGAUGAAAUACCGCCAGACCUGGUCAAAGCAAUUGCCACAUUGCAGGAAUUUGGUCGAGACCUCGACGAUGCUAUGCCUGGCAUGAACGACGAGGUUGUCACAGCGUUGAAAUGUCCGACCAUGCCGUACCUGCGCCUGCUUGCACAAUUCCGCCAGCUGGUACUGCUCUUGAGACAUUGGAGAAGUGUUCGCAACCAGCCAUACAUACCAGAUGCAGAUCUCUGGAAACAGCGUGCACACGAAUAA